AGGCUUUGCAGGGAGUUGUGCCAUCUCUCACUUGCGUAAUAACCUUCCUCGGUCAGCUGAUCGCCUCAUCCAGUCGAGGAAAGCAGCAGGAUGCUGGCUCCAGCAGAGGUUGCAGUGGCAGAGAAGUCUUGCUCCCGGUAACCAGGAUUAAUUUAUUAGGCUCAUUUAUUAGCCUGGCUGAGAUGUGUUUUGUCGCUGCAUUCUGAAGGGUAGUGAUCUGCAUUCCUGGAUACAGCGAGUGAGAGAGAGGGCAGAGCUGUUUUUAAACACAGUCUUUAUAAAGCUGAGAAAAACACUCGCCACCACGAGGGCCAAGCAACCACUGGCCACAGCUAUUAGAUCUGUGAUAUUAUGGAAGCUCAGUUGUCCCGUCGCCAAGGAAAAGGAGAGAAGCGUCAGAGGGAAAAUGGCUCCGGGACAAAACCAAUUCUCCAUUCCUCUCUGGAGUCUCAGACAUCCCGGCAGAGUUAUCUUGGAAGAGCUGCGCUACUGACAACAGGACUCAUCAUAGCUGUGGCCGUGUGCUGGCAUUGCUACACGGUUCCUCCUAUGAAGGCAGAGAGGGUAAAGAUGAACCAGGCGGACCUGUGGCAGGGAGGCUUCACCAUUGGAAACCGGGAUGGAGAAGUGGUCUUCAGGAUGGCCUUCCAAUCAGGUGUCCUUGACCUGGAAUCUUGUUCUAAAGAAGGGGGAGUUUUAAGCUGUACGGGUACGGAAAGGGGGAUGUUCAGCUUCCUCAUCCAGACUGUCAAACCCAACGAGGCGGUGACGUGCUACAUCAUCCGCUGGGAAGAGUUUGAGGCAGACUCUGCGGUGGAACACAAAAUGUUCUGGGGGGACGCCCACUGGUAUGGAGGCUACGAGAUGAGCAGACAGCAAUGGCCAAUCAGUCUACCUGGAAGCCAAGAACCUGCGCCAUUUGUGACUAGUGAUGUCUAUUCUUUCAGGAACAGCUUUGGGGGCAUCUUGGAGAGGUAUUGGUUGUCCUCCAAAGCAGCUGCCGUCAAGAUAAGUGACUCUGUGCCCUUCCACCUUGGGUUCAAUGCUUCGGAAAGGUCCCUCACAUUCCAAGCCAGGUAUAAAGAUUCUCCAUAUGAGCCGUUGAACGAGCCCUUCCCACAGUUGAGUUACCAUGUCUGCAUAGGUUCAGACAUUACCUCUGUCCACCGGUACAUGGCCCAGGUCCAUUUCAGGAAACCUUUGAAGGUGCCUUCAGAAAGGAUGUUCCAGUUUCCAAUCUGGUCAACGUGGGCCAUGUACAAGAAGGAGAUUAACCAGGAGAAAGUUCUGGGAUUUGCACAGAUGAUUAAAAAGCACGGUUUCAAAUACAGCCACAUUGAAAUUGAUGACAUGUACACACAGAAUUAUGGUGAUUUUGACUUUGACCCUUCGAAGUUCCCUCAGGCGACAGAUAUGUUCGAAAAGCUUAAGAAAGAUGGCUUCAACGUCACCAUCUGGAUACACCCUUUUGUACAUGAAAGUUCCCCAAACUUUGAGGUGGGAAUAGAGAAGAAGCUUUUUGUCAUGGAACCACAAGGGACACUCCCUGCCAUGGUUGUGUGGUGGAACGGUGUGGGCGCCAUAUUGGAUUUCACCAACCCUUCGGCUAGAAAAUGGUUCCAGAGACACCUGAGGCAACUCUGCACUAAGUAUGGCAUCUCGUCCUUCAAGUUUGAUGCCGGUGAGACGUGCUACCUUCCCAAACAAUUCCAUACUUUCCACACCUUGGCAGAUCCCAGCAUUUGGUCCCGGCAUUAUGCAGAAAUGGCCAUUCCAUUUCACGAGCUUGCAGAAGUCCGAGUCGGCUACCGAUCCCAGCACAUCUCUUGUUUUGUUCGUAUCAUUGACCGGGACUCAAUUUGUGGGUAUGAACUUGGGCUGAAGUCCUUGAUACCAACGGUGCUGACCAUUGGCCUCCUGGGAUACCCUUUUGUACUGCCCGAUAUGAUUGGCGGGAAUUUUCUCCCUAACAAAACGGAAGGUGCUGUCGACAUCCCAGAUCGGGAGCUCUACAUCCGAUGGCUGGAGCUGUCGGCCUUCAUGCCUUCCAUGCAGUUCUCCAUUCCACCGUGGCUUUAUGACAGAGAGGUCAUAGACAUCGCCCUGAAGUUCACCAGGCUCCACGAGUCUUUGGUUGCACCCCUCUUGCUGGAGCUGGCCGGGGAGAUCACCGACACUGGGGACCCCAUCAUCCGGCCCAUCUGGUGGAUUUCUCCCCACGAUGAGGCUGCACACAAGAUCGACUCCCAGUUCCUGAUUGGGGACACCCUGAUGGUGGCUCCCGUCUUGGAGAUGGGCAAGCAAGAGAGAGACAUUUACAUCCCAGCUGGCAAAUGGCGCAGCUAUAAAGGGGAGCUCUUUGAAAAAACACCCCUUCUUCUUAAGGACUACUCUGUCCCUUUGGACGAAGCGCCUUAUUUUGUUUUGAAUUCGUAAGCUGCCUUGGGGCCAGGGAAAGGCCUUGGAGCAACCUUGUCUCUAGCCCUCAAGGUGACUUUGACUUAAUCAGUUUAUCUUAAAAUAAAAGCUCUUUCUUCACAGAGGGUUUUUUUUAAUGCUAAUGUAUUCUCGUUACAGACCUCAUCUGGCUUUUAGUUCUGCUGAAUCUGUGCAGCUCGCAAUCUUUUUAUCUCACCCUUCCAGGAUGGGGAAGGGCUGUUAUCUCCCAUGUUGCAGAAGACGAAAGUCAGGACCAGGUUAACUCAUUGACGUUUUGUGAGUAUGGAGGGAGGCUUUCGAUAUCACGGUCCAAUUCUACACGCAGAUGUGCGCGCACACACUGCAACGGGGGUCCUUUGGAAUGAUUCUCCACAGAGAACCAUGCAGUGACAGCAUCACGGAAAAUAGAUACGGGCAUUGCAGAGAACGUUCUGUGAGCUGGACGCUUCUCGCUAGUCAAAGCAAUUUCUGUUGUGAGCUGCAAAAGCGGGGGUUUCCUACGCCAAAAAUUAUCCAAAUUAUGCAUCGUGGAAUUUUUGUCUUUCAGAAUAAAUUACGCAUGCACUUUUGCACAAUAAUUAGCACCACUAGAUGGAACUGAGGGCUCGUUCUGUUCUGCUUGUGCCAUGAGGCUUUCCACUUUCCUACUCUUUAGCAAUAGAUCAGAACAAAUGUCAAUCCAGGGAAAACCUGAACUGCCUUUCCUCCAGUUGAACUGCCUUUCGUCCACGCCCCCCACCAAGCCUGGUGGACGAUGACGACGACGAUGAUGAUGAUAAUUCAUUAUUUAUACCCCACCCAUCUGGCUGGGUUUCCCCAGCCACUCUGGGCGGCUCCCAGCAGAUUAAAAACAGAAUAAAACUUCGAACAUUAAAAACUUCCCUAAACAGGGCUGCCUUCAGAUGUCUUCUAAAAGUCAGAUAGUUAUUUAUUUCCUUGACAUCUGCUGGGAGGGUUUCCACAGGGCGGGUGCCACUACUGAGAAUGCCCUCUGCCUGGUUCCCUGUAACCUUGCUUCUCACAGGGAGGGAACCACCAGAAGGCCCUUGGCGCUGGACCUCAGCGUCCGGGUAGAAUGAUGGAGGUGGCGACGCUCCUUCAGAUAUACUGGACAGAGGCCGUUUAGGGCUUUAAAGGUCAGCACCAACACUUUGAAUUGUGCUCGGAAACGUCCUGGGAGCCAAUGUAGGUCUUUCAGGACAAGAGAAAGAGUGAUUUUCAGAAUUCAGAAGAAUCUAGCAAGGGCUGAGGUGGAGCCGAGCAAUGGUUGUGGUUAAGUCUUGGGCUGGAUAGUAGGCACAAGAGGCAGGAAGAGAUGGGGCUUUGCAUUACCUGCCGCUUGGCAAGAAUAAAUAAGGCUUUAGUAGUGUAUGGUGAACCUGCAGCCCUCUAAGUAUUGUUGGAUUAUGACUCCUGUCACCACCCCCUGACCAUUGGGCAUGCUGGCAGGGGCUGAUGGAUUUGAGUUCGACAAGGACUUUGCACAUUCUCCAUCCUUGCCUUAAGUGUCCUUUGGCUGCUGAGACACCGGAAACCCUGCCUAGUUAAUUGCAAAAUGUUCUCAAUGAGUUCUAGAAGCUUUCUCCUUUAAACUGAGCAACACUGAUGUUUUCCAAAAGCUACAGUCUGUGUUGUUAUAAACAAAAAACCCCUGCCCUUUUCCCCUAAUGGGGCAUCCAAGAGUCCAUAUAGAGUCCUUAUGUAGGUUCCCUAUUGGUAGGAGAAAACAACAGAGGCCAACCAGAGAAUAUUGAGAAGCAAAGCAGCUAGUAAGCCUGAUGUUUAUUGAUCUGUUGCAACAGGGUCCUCACUCACCACACGCAGGAGAGAGGUCAUACCUACAUCACAGAAAGGGAGGUCUACAGCAGAAAUCUGAGUGCGUUGUUUACCUCCUGUCUGCCAGGUUACCUGUUUAAUGGUCACUUGAUUGGAUUGCCUGGGAAGCCUGGCCAGUCUUUUGUAAUGAUAAAUACUUAAUUCCUGAGCCAGGUCACAGCCUCACACCCUAUUCAUAUUUUAAAUGUGCCCUUAAGACAGGAUUUGUGAAGGAAAAGACAAUGGGGAGGCUUUUCCAUUUUCCUUUGACCUUGCAGAGAAAACAUUUGCUCAUUUUGGGAAUCAAAAUGGUUUCAGGUCGGUCUUCCUGUGCUGAUCUAUGUACGUGCUUGGUUGGUACACUUAUGAACAUUUAACAUGUAUCUAAGACCUCAACAUUCCUAUCACAAUAUCAGGGUCUGUAUUUAAUGGUCCAAGGGUGGGACAAACAGAGGUGUAUCUACUAGAAAGAAAGGGAAAAAGGCCAACACAAAUACAAAGUCGUUGCAUGAGUGGCAUGCUGACAGACAUGUCUUGAAGGUAAUGCUAUUGCAAACAGUACAGAGGGCAGGGCCAGAAAAAGAGGUUUCUUGUUUUCCUGAGUGUAACAACCAAACCAAACCAGUCUGGCCUGCUGUGCAGUAGCUGCCUAUGUUUCUGUUAUCAGAGAAUGUAUCAAGAUACAAUAAUAAAGUAAAUAACUUAUGGCGGAGUGGAUUUCAUUGCAUAGUUUUACCUACAACAAAUUCAUGUUACAAGUUUGACCAAUUCAUGGAGGAGAGGGCUAUUGAUGGCUACCAGCCAGGAUGGAAUAUAUAUAAAAAAAAAUUUAAAAAUUGUCCUGUAGCACCUUAGAGACCAACUAAGUUUGUUCUUGGUACAGUGGUGCCUCGCAAGACGAAUGCCUCGCAAGACGGAAAAACCGCUAGACGAAAGGGUUUUCCGUUUUGGAGUUGCUUCGCAGGACGAAUUCCCCUAUGGGCUUGCUUCGCAAGACGAAAAUGUCUUGCGAGUCUUGAGAUUUUUUUUUUCGCUUUCCCCCCCCUUUAUCUAAUCUGCUAAGCCUUUAAUAGCCUUUAAUAGCCUUUUAGCAGCUAAUCCCCUAAGCCUUUAAGCCUUUAAUAGCCGCUAAACCGCUAAUAGCGCUAAUCCGUUAAGCCGCUAAUAGGGUUGCUUCGCAAGACGAAAAAACCGCUAGACGAAGACUCUCGCGGAACGGAUUAAUUUCGUCUUGCGAGGCACCACUGUAUGAGCUUUCGUGUGCAUGCACACUUCUUCAGAUACACUGAAACAGAAGCCACCACACCCUUAUAUAUAGUGAGAGGGUGGGGAGGGGGAUUACUCAGAAGGGUGGUGGGAAUGGGUGAUUGGCUGAUAGGUGUGGUAAACCUGUUGACGACUGUUAACCACUGCAAUUGGUCUUACAGGAAAAAGUGAGGGGUGAGAUGGCCACAAAUAGCUUUAUCAUGUAUAAUGAGAUAAGAAUCCAAUGUCUCUAUUCAGACCAGGUCUCUCCAUGGUUUUAAGUCUGGUUGCUGCUGUUGUUGUUUAGGCGUUUAGUCGUGUCCGAUGGAAGUGUUGGGGAUGGAACUUCCAGAUAGGUGGGAAACUCGACUUACUCGAUUUCAUCAUGAGGAGAAUUCUCUCUUUUUCUCUGUACUAGAGAUAGAGAGUAUGAAGUCGAUGCAAACACAUCAUUUUAAAAAGUGGUGGGUUGUUUUCUUAAAUAACUGAAGACAGAGUGUUCUUUCUGCCAUCUUCUCAUUGGCUCUGAGGAGCUUCAUUCUUCGUCUCGGAGGGUGAGAAGUGUGGGGUGUGUGUGCGGGAAGAACAGCGAAGUCUAUUUCUAGUUUGAAGAGCAGAUUGGAAGCACAACAAGACUUUCGCACAACGCCAGCCAUCCUGGCUCCCCAUCUGGAAGUUUGUCUGCUCCAUUCCCAGGCUGCAAGCGGCAGCAAGAUGAUUGACGUAAAUGUCAACUGAAGGCCCAGUCUCCUUGUUGUCAGCUUAUUGCGUAAGCCCCACUGACAUGAAGGGGGAGCUUUGCAUUCGGGAUAGAUGCAGAUAUAUGUUGUUGUUGUUUAGUCGUUUAGUCGUGUCCAACUCUUUGUGACCCCAUGGACCAGAGCGUGCGAGGCACUCCUGUCUUCCACUGCCUCCCACAGUUUGGUCAAACUCAUGCUGGUAGCUUCGAGAACACUGUCCCACCAUCUCAUCCUCUGUCGUCCCCUUCUCCUUGUGCCCUCCAUCUUUCCCAACAUCAGGGUCUUUUCCAGGGAGUCUUCUCUUCUCAUGAGGUGGCCAAAGUACUGGAGCCUCAGCUUCAGGAUCUGUCCUUCCAGUGAGCACUUGGGGCUGAUUUCCUUAAGAAUGGAUAGGUUUAAUCUUCUUGCAGUCCAUGGGACUCUCAAGAGUCUCCUCCAGCACCAUAAUUCAAAAGCAUCAAUUCUUCGGCGAUCAGCCUUCUUUAUGGUCCAGCUCUCACUUCCAUACAUCACUACUGGGAAAAUCAUAGCUUUAACUAUACAGACCUUUGUUGGCAAGGUGAUGUCUCUGCUUUUUAAGAUGCUGUCUAGGUUUGUCAUUGCUUUUCUCCCAAGAAGCAGGUGUCUUUUAAUUUCAUGGCUGCUGUCACCAUCUGCAGUGAUAAGGUCAAACUUAUGCAGAGCAUAAGGUCAAACAGAUUCCUCACUGGCCUUGCAGACAACUUCAUUGUCCAGAAAGUGGGAGAAGCAACAAGAGGAACAGCCAUUUUAGAUCUGGUCCUAACCAAUGUUGAUGACCUGGUUAGUGGGGUAGAAGUGGAAGGAUCAUUAGGCGCGAGUGAUCAUGCUCUUCUGAAGUUUACUAUACAGCAGAAAGGAGCAGCCAAGCAUACUAGGACUCAAUUUCUUGACUUUAAGAAAGCCGACUUCAUAAAACGUAGGGAAGUGCUGGGUGAGAUCCCAUGGACAGUAAUACUAAAAGGAAAGGGAGUUCAUGAUGGCUGGGAGUUUGUUAAGAGGGAGAUAGUAAAAGCACGACGUCAGGCAAUACCAAUGAGACGGAAACAUGGAAGGUGCCUAAAGAAGCCAGGGUGGCUAUCUAAAGAACUUUUAACUGAGUUAAGAUUAAAAAGGAUGUGUACAAAAAUGGAAAAGGGGGAAACCACCAAAGAGGAAUUCAAACAAAUAGCCAGCACGUGUAGACACAAAGUCAGAAAAGCUAAAGCACAGAAUGACCUCAGGCUUGCUACAGACGCUAAAAGCAACAAAACCUGCUUUUAUGGGUAUGUUCGUAGCAAAAGGAAGAACAAAGAAACAGUGGGGUCACUCAGAGGAGAAGAUGGUGACAUGCAAACAGGGGACACAGAAAGGGAUGAACUCCUCAAUGCCUUCUUUGCCUCAGUCUUCUCCGAUAAAUAAAACAAUGCCCGACCUGAAGAAUUUGAAGCAAAUGAUUCAGCAAAGGAAACACAGCCCAGAAUAACUAAGGAGAUAGUACAAGAAUACUUGGCUAGUUUAGAUGUAUUCAAGUCUCCAGGGCCAGAUGAACUGCAUCCAAGAGUAUUAAAAGAACUGGCAGAUGUGAUCUCAGAACCACUGGCAGUCAUCUUUGAGAAUUCCUGGAGAACAGGCGAAGUCCCGGCAGACUGGAGGAGGGCAAAUGUUGUCCCUAUUUUCAAAAAGGGGAAAAGAGAGGACCCAAAUAAUUACCGCCCAGUCAGUCUGACAUCAAUACCAGGGAAGAUUCUGGAGCAGAUCCUUAAGCAAACAGUCUGUGAGCACCUAGAAAGGAAUGCUGUGAUCACCAAUAGUCAGCAUGGAUUUCUGAAAAAUAAGUCAUGUCAGACUAACCUGAUCUCGUUUUUGACAGAAUUACAAGCCUGGUAGAUGAAGGGAACGCAGUGGAUGUAGCCUACCUUGAUUUCAGCAAGGCAUUUGACAAGGUGCCCCAUGAUAUUCUUGUAAAGAAGCUGGUAAAAUGCGGUCUUGACUAUGCUACCACUCAGUGGAUUUGGAACUGGCUGACUGACUGAACCCAAAGGGUGCUCAUCAAUGGUUCCUCUUCAUCCUGGAGAAGAGUGACUAGUGGGGUGCCACAGGGUUCUGUCUUGGGCCCGGUCUUAUUCAACAUCUUUAUCAACGACUUGGAUGAUGGACUCAAGGGCAUCCUGAUCAAAUUUGCAGAUGACACCAAACUGGGAGGUGUGGCUAACACCCCAGAGGACAGGAUCACACUUCAAAACGACCUUGACAGAUUAGAGAACUGGGCCAAAACAAACAAGAUGAAUUUUAACAUGGAUAAAUGUAAAGUAUUGCACUUGGGCAAAAAAAAUGAGAGGCACAAAUACAAGAUGGGUGUCACCUGGCUUGAGAGCAGUACAUGUGAAAAGGAUCUAGGAGUCUUGGUUGACCACAAACUUGACAUGAGCCAACAGUGUGACGCGGCAGCUAAAAAAGCCAAUGCAAUUCUGGGCUGCAUCAAUAGGAGUAUAGCAUCUAGAUCAAGGGAAGUAAUAGUGCCACUGUAUUCUGCUCUGGUCAGACCUCACCUGGAGUACUGUGUCCAGUUCUGGGCACCACAGUUCAAGAAGGACACUGACAAACUGGAACGUGUCCAGAGGAGGGCAACCAAAAUGGUCAAAGGCCUGGAAACGAUGCCUUAUGAGGAACGGCUAAGGGAGCUGGGCAUGUUUAGCCUGGAGAAGAGGAGGUUAAGGGGUGAUAUGAUAGCCAUGUUCAAAUAUAUAAAAGGAUGUCACAUCGAGGAGGGAGAAAGGUUGUUUUCUGCUGCUCCAGAGAAGCGGACACGGAGCAAUGGAUCCAAACUACAAGAAAGAAGAUUCCACCUAAACAUUAGGAAGAACUUCCUGACAGUAAGAGCUGUUUGACAGUGGAAUUUGCUGCCAAGGAGUGUGGUGGAGUCUCCUUCUUUGGAGGUCUUUAAGCAGAGGCUUGACAACCAUAUGUCAGGAGUGCUCUGAUGGUGGUCUCUUCCAACUCUAUGAUUCUAUGAUUCUAUGAUCAUGGAGCCCAAGAAAGUAAAAUCUCUCACUGCCUCCAUUUCUUCCCCUUCUAUUUGCCAGAAGGUGAUGGAACCAGUGGCCAUGAUCUUAGUUUUUUUGAUGUUGAGCUUCAGACCAUAAUGAAGAUAUAUAGGCAAUUCUUAAAGCUACCUUCAUAGCUUGGGGCCUUCAGAUGCACGCUAUCCAUUUAGAGCAUAUUCGCUACACAUUUAAAGUGCAUGACCACCCCCAAAGGAUCCUGGGAGGUGUAGUUUAUUCAGAGGGCUGAGAUUUGCUAGGAGACUCCCAUUCUCUUCAGAGAGCUACAGUUCCCAGAAUUCCUGAGGAGGAAGGACUGCUUGGGAAUUGUAGCUCUGUGAGGAGCAUAGCAAAUAGCAAUAGCAGCUCCCUGUUUUUGAAAAUGUAGUGCCUUGCUAUUGUACCAUAAGCUUUAUAUGUUUUAAGUGUGGUGUAAUGGUUAAAAUAGGGACGCGGGUGGUGCUGUGGGUUAAACCACAGAGCCUAGGACUUGCCAGUCAGAAGGUCUGCGGUUCGAAUCCCCGCAACGGGUUGAGCUCCUGUUGCUCGGUCCCUGCUCCUGCUAACCUAGCAGUUCGAAAGCACGUCAAAGUGCAAGUAGAUACAUAGGUACCGCUCCAGCGGGAAGGUAAACGGUGUUUCCGUAUGCUGCUCUGGUUCGCCAGAAGCGGCUUAGUCUUGCUGGCCACAUGACCCAGAAGUUAUAUGCCGGCUCCCUCGGCCAAUAAAGUGAGAUGAGUGCCGCUACCCCAGUCGUCCAUGACUGGACCUAAUGGUCAGGGGUCCCUUUACCUUUACUAAAUGGUUAAGGUGUCAGAUUGUGACCUGGGAGAGACCAACCUACCUCACAGGGGUGUUGGGAGGAUGAAAUUGGGGGUGGGGAACCACUUUUAGCUGCUUGGAGGAUAGGUGAUAUAUUGGUGUGUUGGUGUUGGGGUGUGUGUGUGUGUGUGUGUGUGUGUGUGGGUGUGUGUUUGACAACACUUAGGUGGAAUCUGCCCACAUAUAAGAAACGCUGUGAAAAUGUUUUUUUUAAAAAAAGGUUCUGAAAAGGCCAUCAAAUUUUGCAUAGCUCACUAUCGCCAUCUUGUGUCACAUGUGUACAUUGCAAUUUACAUUUAAAACAUUUUAUUUGCAGCUGUAUAGCUGAGUCUUUAGUCAUCGUUCCUGACUAGUAUAGCAAUGUUUGCACCAGAGCCUAGGAAUUAUUCAGGAUUAAGAUGAGGGUCCAGUUGGGUCCAGUCAUCUCCCACAUAUCCUCCAACAUGUCCCAGAGGAAAAUGAGGGUGCACGUCUUUGGCGGGGGCCACAAUCCUGUGCGAGUCAUGUGAACCCCCAAUGAGAGCAUGGCCCCCCAAAAUACGCGUCUUUCAGGGAUGUCCUGAUUAAAUUGGGGCAGUUAAGGGGUCUGCUAUCACAUCUUGAAAUGCUGUCUCCCUGUCAAAAUUUGAACGCACUUUUACACAGUCAGUGUGAGGAGAGUUGAAAUACCUAUUCCUGCAACAUUUUCUCCUUGGUCUGUUUCCCUUCUCUAGCCCAAAAUAACCCCCAGAGAUUUGGCCUUGGGUGUGUGUUGUAGCAGUAGGGCGGACGCUUGGGUAACUAGCUAUAUGUAAGGACCAGACUAGAUUCAACAUCAAUUGUGCAAUUCCUUUGCUAACUUGAUAUAUACAGAACUGUGAUUCUUUGUGAGGACACAGAAGUAAAUUAUUAGCUUGCUGGUAGCUGCAUGAGAAAAGGGAGCGAGUGAAACGAGAACCUUUUACUUGUCUAACCUUUUAUUUGCUCUAUACAAAUAACAAUAUUAUUUAAUAAUAAUUAAAUUUAAUUAAAUUUAAUAAUAAUUUUAUUAUUCUGUUCAAGUGCCAGUCCACUUGAACAGAAUAUUUUAAGAUCGCUUUUUUCUAGACUACCCUUCACCCUCAGGCAUCUGAGGGCAGUGCACAAAAUACCAUAAAAACAGCACAUAAAUACACAGAAUCAGUAAAAUCAAUAGCUUUAUUGGGACCAACAAAUGCUCACAAUGCCAUGUGCAGACUUCUGAGCUAUACAGAACUCAACCCCAGGCUGGAUGCUGAAGAUUUUGGUUUUUGUUUUUUUAAGGGAAAAGAGUUGCUUCUGAGAGAGGCUGUGGUGUUAACCGUUAAGCCACCCUCUGCAAAUUGUUUCAGUCUUAAAUUGUAUUUUGCAGCCACGCAGCCUGAUCCUUUGCAUUUUUUACUUGGAAGUAAGUAGACCUGCUGGUUUCAAUGGGACUCAUACCCAAAUAAGUAUGCAUAAGAUGGCGGGUAUUCAUGGGUAGCAAACUACUGUGAAUUUGACUGCAUUAAUUCCAAGGAAUCAUGUGCAGAUACUGGAUCGAUAAGAUGGUAAUGGAGGGGUGUCUGCAAGCCUUAACUUGGUUAAGAAUAAGAAGCUGUUACUGAAUUAACUUGGCCGCUGUGUCCAGAUUACUUAACCCCAAUAAAAAAGGCAUUAUUGCUCUUUGCUUAAGUUUGUAACCCCAGGCAACAGACCUCUUUAAGCCAGUUCUUUAAGUCUUGUUUACUACCUCCGAUUUGCACGGCACUUUUGUGUAUACACAGUACUUUACAGUUCAUACCUCAUUAAUUAAAGAAACCCAAGGAAUGAAAAGCUGAGCCUGAAUGCAAAAAGCAUGCUGCUCUUUUCCCAUGAUGCAUUACAAAUAAAUAAAUUAUUUUCUACAACAACCUGGCAGCAAAGAUAUGUUUUACCGCAAUCUGGGAGCAAGGAACACAUUUUCGCAUUCCGGAUUAACGUUCCCCUUGGUGGUCUUCUAUAAUGAAUGAGAUGCAGAUGACAAAAAGGCUUUGUGUGUGCAGAAAUCCUGCGGGAAUGCUAAAUAAUAAAUACGGCUUUUAAGAGGACGGUUCCGGAAAGGCACACCCGUCGCUUUUGUCAUCCUCGACCUUUUGCACCAAGUCAGUCUUUUGCACCAAGCCAACCUUUUGCACAAAGUCAGACAUUGUUCCACCCAGCUCAGCAUGAAGGUAAAUGGCCAUUAGGUCCAGUUGUGGACGACUCUGGGGUUGCGGCGCUCAUCUCGCUUUAUUGACUGAGGGAGCCGGCGUACAGCUUCCGGGUCAUGUGGCCAGCAUGACUAAGCCGCUUCUGGCGAACCAGAGCAGCGCACGGAAACGCCGUUUACCUUCCCGCCGGAGUGGUACCUAUUUAUCUACUUGCACUUUGACGUGCUUUCGAACUGCUAGGUUGGCAGGAGCAGGGACCGAGCAACGGGAGCUCACCCAGUCACGGGGAUUCGAACUGCCGACCUUCUGAUAGGCAGGCCCUAGGCUCAGUGGUUUAGCCCACAGCGCCACCCGCAUCCCAUUGCCUGCACUGAUUUCAGCAGAUCGUGUCCUCCCUCAAAGAGGGCAUGUGUUGCAGUGUGACCUGGCAACCAAACCUUGAGUUGUGGGUGGCUAAGAUUGGAUAGCCACAACACCCUAUUGGUAGGUCCCUCGAUGCUGGGUUUAAUCAGGUCAAUGGGACGCUAGCCAAAUGGAUCAAAGGACCUAUAUAUGCCCAUGCACGUGACCCUGAGCUUCCUCUUUGGGCCCGUGCAUCGGAACACCCGCCCACCUCUCCCUAUAUUUAGGGCUUGUGCUUGACCUUGCUAUGCCGUCGUCUGUCGUUGGGACAGGGGCACGGCAGGAAUUUCCCCCACUUGGCUGAUUGGCUGUUGCCAUUUGGGUUAGCAAAUUGUCACAACUUGUACGGUUGCAGAUAGGCUCUGGUUCAGGUGAUAGGGAUGGGAGAACGCUCUCGCCAUCCCUUUGUGAAGGGUAUUCCGUUAAGGGAAUCCAGGGACUCAAUGGUUUGGUCAACCCUGAGAGGGGUUCUGCCCAUGCCUGAGUCCAGGAGGACAUCUGGGUGUUGGACUAGCCUGACCCCGGCUUUCUGCUGUUCCAGGUGUUCACCCUAGGCUGACCUAUGCUGGUGCCCUGGGUCAGCGCUACCUGCCACAGUGCAGGGAGCUAGUCAAACCAGAGCCUAUGCAACCACUCACUUGAUGUAAUCAAUAAAGUUGUGGCUUAAAUUCUGCCAAAAACCAAACCAAAAUUUGAGUCUUGUCUGAAUUUAUUUAAGGGGGAGGUUAAAAGGUCUAAACACACAACUCUCCAGAAUUUCAGACAGGACCUUUUCCUGCUUGGAGGUGCCUGGGAUUUAGAGGAAAGGGCUGCAGUUCAGUGGUAGAUUACAGGUCCCAAAUUCAAUCCCUGUGUUCUCUCAAGCUAGGGCCGGAAAUGUACUGUGCCUGAAACUUCAGAGCCACUGCCAGUCAGUGCUUGACAGCUGCCCAUUUCUUUCUCUUGAACCUUGGACUCAAUGCCUGCUCUGCUGCUGAGCUAUGGUAAAAGGUAAAGGUAAAGGACCGCUGGACGGUUAAGUCCAGUCAAAGGUGACUCUGGUGUUGCGGCGCUCAUCUCACUUUCAGGCCGAGGGAGCCAGUGUUUGUCCACAGACAGCUUUCCGGGUCAUCUGGCCAGCAGGACUAAUAAUAAUAAUAAUAAUAAUAAUAAUAAUAAUAAUUUAUAUCCCGCCCUCCCCAGCCAUGUUUUUACUGUGAUUUUAUUGGUGUUAGCUGCCCUGAGCCUGGCUCUGGCCGGGGAGGGCAGGGUAUAAAUAAAUUUAUUAUUAUUAUUAUUAUUAUUAUUAUUAUUAUUCCAGUGGUUUCAGGAAACUGUUAUUCAGAAGCACAUUGCCACCUCUGAACAUGCAGGCAGAGCAUAGCCAUCCUGGCUAGUCAUCUUUGAAAGCCUUCUCCUCCAUGAAUUUGUCCUCUUUUAAAGCCAUCUAGGUUGGUGGCCAUCACUGCCUCCUGUGGCAAUGAGUUCCGCAGUUUAACUCCGUGCCGCAGAGGACUUUCAUCUGUCCUGAACUGUCCAACAUUCAGCUUCAUCAGAUGACCAUGUGUUCUAGUGUUAGGAGAGAGGGACAAAACCUUUUAUCCUAUCUCCUUGCUCCUUUUAAACUUUUGCAUAUUAAUUUUAAAACUCCAGCACCGACUUUUUUCAUGUAUUCCUUAACGCAUUCCCACUCUUUAUUAAUUUUUUUGAUUAGAGUAGCCUCUAAUUGAUGCUGUUAAGUAUGCCAUCUCUGUGAUUUCAAGAAAUUUAGUUCUCCAUUCUAAUAAUUCUGGUACUGAUAGUUUUCCAAUUUUUUGCCACUACAAUUCUGGCUGCUGCGUUUGCAUAAAGGAAUACAUUCCUUUUAUCCUCGGGGAUGUCACUUGAUACCAAACCCAGCAAAAAUGCCUCUGGUUUUUUUAAAGAUUGAACUCCUAAAUAUCUUUUUAAGCUUCAUGUAUCAUAAUCUAGAAUUGUUUCACCACUUUGCACCCCCACCACAUAGGAUACAUCAACUACACCUCUGUUUUACAUCUUCCUGGGUCACUUUGUUUGCCCUUUGUGACCCUUUCCAAACUCUGCAAAAUCCUUUUUGAGGUGAGGCAACUGCUGUUUUGCCUUUGCGCUGACUUUUAAAAAAAUGCCCCUGAAUAAUUAAUCUUGGCAGCACGUUAUCCACAGCAGAUCUGCUUAUUAAAGCAGUUCAAAUCUCUCCGCUAGGAAGGUGCUCCUUUUCGCAGUUCCCUUUCUGGAAAUAUAUAGAGAAAAGCCUUGUCAGAUGUUUCCCUGGGUACCUGAAUCAGCAAGAGAGGCUUUUCCAUGAUAGCGAAACGUUGCAUCAUUAUAGCUAGCAGAACCGUGGUGAAAAUGGAGCCCUGAAAUUCACCCCUUUGGCUUUCUUCUCUUCAUAGAAGAGAAGAGCCAGUGUGGAGAUGAGAGCCAGUGUGGUGUAGUGGUUAAGAGCGGUAGUCUUGCAAUCUGGGGAACCGUGUUCGAGUCUCUGCUCCUCCGCAUGCAGCUGCUGGGUGACCUUGGGCCAGUCACACUUCUCUGAAGUCUCUCAGCCCCACUCACCUCACAGAGUGUUUGUUGUGGGGGAGGAAGGGAAUGUUAGCCGCUUUGAGACUCCUUCGGGUAGUGAUAAAGCGGGAUAUCAAAUCCAAACUCUUCUUCUUCUUCUUCUUCAUCAUAGCAACAGGCCGUUUAGCUGCCUUAGACCAAGCCAGACCAUUUGUCUACAUAGACCCAACAUUGCCUGUUCUGGCUGGCAGUAGCUUUCAUGGCAAACAGAGAGUAAUCUACUGCCCAAGAUCCUUCUUCGCCAGAGAUGCCGGGGACAGGAUGUGGGAUCUUUGGGGGAAAAGAUGCUCUGCCACUCGCUUCCAACCCAAAUGUGGUGGUACCUUAUGCUGGCAACUCAUCAAGCCCCAUAUUUUCCACCAGGGCUAGCAGAGGCACUUUGCUGUCUUAGUAUUUCCCAAGCCUGCAAUCAGACCCUCCAACUGUCUUGAUUUUCCAGGGACAGUCCCGGAAUUACAGAAGCCAUUCCGGUUUCUGGUUUGAUCCUGAAAUGUCCCUCUUUUCCUUCACUGGAGAAAUGCUGGAGGCAAUGGAAUUUCUUGUUGUUUAGUCGUUUAGUCGUGACCGACUCUUCGUGACCCCAUGGGCCAGAGCACGCCAGGCACUCCUGUCUUCAGCUUGGUCAAACUCAUGCUGAUAGCUUCGAGAACACUGUCCAACCAUCUUGUCCUCUGUUGUCCCCUUCUCCUUGUGCCCUCCAUCUUUCCCAACAUCAGGGUCUUUUCCAGGGAGUCUUCUCUUCUCAUGAGGUGGCCAAAGUAUUGGAGCCUCGGCUUCAGGAUCUGUCCUUCCAGUGAGCACUCAGGGCUGAUUUCCUUCAGAAUGAAGAGGUUUGAUCUUCUUGCAGUCCAUGGGACUCUCCAGAGUCUCCUCCAACACCAUAAUUCAAAAGCAUCAAAUCUUUGGCGAUCAGCCUUCUUUAUGGUCCAGCUCUCACUUAUAGGAUGUUCCUAUUUUCGUCAGAAAAAUGCUGAAGGGGGUGGAAUAAGAUGUCCCUAUUUUCAUUUGAGAAAUGUUGGAUGGUAUGCAAUUUGAGAACCUUUGAAACCAGCCAGGACUUCCUCCUUUGCCUUGCUCUGAACUUAAUCUGCAUUUGGAGGAGGCGGCUUUCAUUUUAAGGGCACAGGAAGAUUGGGCAGAAUCCUGAUUCCUGUAAGGAAAAAAAUGACAAACCUUUUUUUCAGAGAUGAGAGGGCAGUUCUCUGAGCAAAGGAGGCCUCUCACCUUGGCAGGGCGCAGAAGACACUGGAGAAAUGAUGGGGAUCAUAUGAAACUUUCAAAAACAGGCGCCGGGAGCGUUUUCCAGACCAGGGGCCACAUUCUUGCAUGGGCAGCCUCCCAAGGGCCACAUGGCAGUGGUGGGUGGGGCCAAAGGCAAGAGAGAGUGGAGCAAUUGAUGUAAAUUUUACCUACAGCAGACUGGUGUCCACGCACCCUCCAGACAGCCAAGAGGCAUGACCAGAGUUCAAGGAUAUAUCCCACCCAGGCAAAAACACCCAAAGAAGGUAUGAAGUAAGAGCUGGAAAGGGCUGUGGCCUGAGAGGAGAGGGGUUGGCUGUGGAGAGUCCCAGGGCCAGAUAAAGAUCCGCAUUUGGCCCCCAAGCCUGAGAUCCCCUUCCCCUCUUCUGGAAUCAACCACCUCCAUUGUGAAUCCAGGACCCUCUGUCUUGUUCGCAGCAGGUGGUGCGAUGGGCCAGUCUGUGUGGCUGCUGACAUGAAGGUUGGGGGUUCAAGCCCACCCAGGGGUAGCUGUGGGCAGGAUUCCUGCAGUGCAGUGGGUGCUACUAGGUAACUGUUAUGUACUGAGUUGAAUAGGAUCCAAAAGGCAGCAGUCUGAUUGGUCCUAGAACAAUAGGGUCCAGAAUGCAGCAGUCUGAUUGGUCCACAGGAGCCACCCAAUCCAGCUCCAGGUGGAAGUGAAUCCGCAACCAGAUUGGCCUACAGGUGAAUCCCGGAAUUAGCCAAUCACAUGGGGCCCAUUGUGUAAAUAAUGUAUAUAAAGCAGACAUUCUGGGGGAACUUCCAUUCUGCCUCACCACUAUGAGCUGAAUAAAGAGCAUGAAAUCCACUCUCGACUCCGAGUAUAUUUCAGUAACCCUCUGGGUCCCUUCCAACUUACCAUUCCGUGACUCGAUGAAGGUUGUGUUUCCGAUGGUUUGUGUGAAAAAGCUGUAUCUCAAGCCUGGGUAAGUUAUGAAACAGCAGAAAUGCAGACAACCACCCAUACAGUUCAAACUCACUGCUUUAUACUGGAUUGUCCUUAUUUGGCAGUGACAGACUGUAUGUUAAUAUGUUAAUUUUUUUAAAAAAUGAGCUCAGGUAAAUCCCUUUUUGCCCUGGAGCUGAAAUGAAACACAGUCGGGGCGGCCCAGGCAGCUUCCUAGCGACUCUGCAGUUCUGUUCGCAAAAGACACACAUUUCUGUCCUUGGAUGAUCUAUUGGGGUGGCGUAGGGGGUGAGGACAUAUUUUCCAGCUCUGUGUGAUUUAUUUUUAUUUUGAAAGGGCUGUCCUUCAACAGGGAAGUGUCAGCUACAGAGGCGUGUUUUGGGUGGGAACCUCUAUGCAGCAAAGGCAAAACCAUCACAAUUGCAGAAUUCGCAGAGCACUUUAAAUGUUUGUGGCUUGCUUUCUUUCUUUAGGGGAAAAGCGAGCGAUGACUCCAUCAGCGAAUAUGUGUUGCUUUAAAACAAAAUAACAGGCCACCUGCCCAACUUGCAAGAGAUUGGGCUGAGAUGCCUUUAAAUGAUGGCUCCUAUAACUUCACAAUCUGGCAUCCUGUGGCUAUCUGGUGGUCAGCAUAAGAUCAACCUAUCACCAUCCCAGAACUGCAUUAUUCAGUUUUCAGAGACUGUUUUCUGCAAAUCAGCUGUUAGUUGAUUCCUGCAUUGCAGGGGGCUAUGAUUCCAUACGACAAUCAUCUUUGGACCAACCCAGUCAUGGUCACCAUAAUUUUGAAUUCUGCUGCUGGAGGAGACUCUUGAGAGUCCCAUGGACUGCAAGAAGAUCAAACCUCUCCAUUCUGAAGGAAAUCAGCCCUGAGUGCUCACUGGAAGGACAGAUCCUGAAGCUGAGGCUCCAAGACUUUGGCCACCUCAUGAGAAGAGAAGACUCCCUGGAAAAGACCCUGAUGCUGGGAAAGAUGGAGGGCACAAGGAGAAGGGGACGACAGAGGACGAGAUGGUGGGACAGUGUUCUUGAAGCUACCAGCAUGAGUUUGACCAAACUGCAGGAGGCAGUGGAAGACAGAAGUGCCUGGCGUGCUCUGGUCCAUGGGGUCACGAAGAGUCUAACAACAACAAAGUCAUGGUGGGAAAACAGGGAACACAGGAAGCUGGCUGAUCCUGCGCCAGACCACUGGCCGACCUAGGGUCCAGUAUUGCCCACUCAGACUGGCAGCAGCUCUUCAGGAUUUCAGAGAGGCGACGAUCCCAGCUGUACCGGGAGAGGCUGAAGUUCAAACCCGGGGCCUUCUACAUGCAGAGUGGAUGGUGCUCUGUCACUGAGCUACGGCUCUUAAGACAUGGGACACUGCCUUAUACGAAGGCAAAACCCUGGCCCAUCUUGUUUAGUAUUGUCUACACAGGCUGGCAGUGGCUCUCCGGGAUUUCAUGCAAGGGACAUUUGCAGCCCAACCUGGAGACAUCAGGCAUUGAACUUGGGGCAUUCAGAUUCCAACGCAGAUGCUCUUACAGCCCUUCCCCUAAAUCUUGGUCCUGAACAGGGUAACUGUGCCCCUGAAGGACCAGGUGCGCAGCCUGGGAGUCAUUUUGGACUCACAGCUGACCAUGAAGGUGCAGGUUAAUUCUGUGUCCAUGGUGGCUGUCUACCAGCUCCACCUGAGCUGAGACCCUACCUGCCUAUGGACUGUCUUGCCAGAGUGGUGCCUGAUCUAGUUAUCUCCUGCUUGGACUACUGCCAUGUGCUCUACGUGGGGCUACCUUUGAAGGUGACCCAGAAACUACAAUUAAUCCAGAAUGCAGCAGCUAGACUGGUGACUGGGAGUGGCCGCCGGGACCACAUAACACCGGUCCUGAAAGACCUACAUUGGCUCCCAGUAUGUUUCCGAGCACAACUCAAAGUGUUGGUGCUGAACUUUAAAGCCCUAAACGGCCUCGGUCCAGUAGACCUGAAGGAGCGUCUCCACCCCCAUCGUUCUGCCCAGACAUUGAGGUCCAGCGCCGAGGGCCUUCUGGCGGUUCCCUCAUUGUGAGAAGUGAACCAGACAGAGGGCCUUCUUGGUAGUGACGCCCGCCCUGUGGAGCGCCCUCUCUUCAGAUGUGAAGGAAAUAAGCAGCUACCUUAUCUUUAAAAGACAUCUGAAGGCAGCCCUGUUUAGGGAAGUUUUUAAUAUUUUAAUGCUGUAUUGUUUUUAACACUUGAUUGGAAGCCGCCCAGAGUGGCUGGGGAAACUCAGCCAGAUGGGCGGGGUAUAAAUAAUAAUAAUAAUAAUAAUAAUAAUAAUAAUAAUAAUAUUUAUACCCCACCCAUCUGGCUGGGUUUCCCCAGCCACUCUGGGCGACUUCCAAGAGAACACUAAAAUACAAUAACCUAUUAAACAUUGAAAGCUUCCCUAAAGAGGGCUGCCUUCAGAUGUCUUCUAAAAGUUUGGUAGUUAUUUUUCUCUUUAACAUCUGGUGGGAUGGCGUUCCACAGGGCGGGUGCCUUUAUCUAUCUAUCUAUCUACCGCUCCAUCGAUCAAUCUAUGAGAUGGGGAAUCUGUUUUUUUACCUGUGAAAGAGUGCUCAGGUGAGUGAUCUGAGCCUCACCCCCUGCCUUCACCACGCACCUGCCCAGAAACGGAGUCAGAAACUGGGCAGAAACUUGCUGGAAGUGAAAGGGGUGAGGUGCAGGAUCUGCUCCUCUCACCCACGAACACAUCAUGUUGUAAAUGUCGGGUUUCACCCCCUGCCUUGUAUGGGAAGUGGGCAGCCCUGUGAAUAAGGAAGCACACGACCCAAAGACAUCCAGGCUGGAUCUUUAGCUUAUGUCCGCUCUUCUUGUUGCAUCAAGGAAGCUCCAAAGUUAUCAGACCAAAGGGGACCCAUCUAAGCCCGGCACCCUCUUUCUCACGUGUCCCGGGGGGAAGCCUGCAAGCAGAAAAAGAGGACAACAGCUUUCUACCACAUUGCUCAUGCCCCAAGACCCAGAAUUCAGAGGUACUCUGCCUGGACAUGGAAGUUUCACUUAGCUGUCAUGACUACAGGUGAAACUUGAACAAUUAGAAUAUCAUGGAAAAGUUCAUUCAUUUCAGUAAUUCAACUUAAAAGGUGAAACUAAUAUAUGAGAUCGACUCAUGACAUGCAAAGCGAGAGAUGCUUCUACUUCUCAGAGGUCCAAUCUUACUCGAUUUGCAAGCCUUGCUUUGCUGAUUUCCUUGAAUAUUCUCAUUUUCUGAGAUGGUUAAUUGGGGGUUUUCAUCAGCUGUACGCCAUGUUCAUAGCAAUGAAAUAAAUCAAGGCUUGACAUAUCUCGCUUUGCAUGUCACGAGUCUAUCUCAUAUAAGAGUUUCACCUUUGAAGUUGAAUUAGUGAAGGAAAGGAACUUUUCCACGAUAUUCUAAUUUUUCGAGUUUCACCUGUAAUAGCCACUGUUAGAUCUGUCUGGCAUGAAAGUCUCAUCUCUUUUAAAAGACAUUUAAGCUAGUGGUCAGCCCCUCCCCCCCACCAUGUGGCAGUGAGUUCCAUAAACCAGAGGCAGGGCCUUUUCAGCACUGGCCCCGGCCUGGUGGAACGCUCUGCCUCAUGAGACCAGGGCCCUGCCGGAUCCGAUUUCUUUCUGCAGGGCCUGUAAGACAGAGUUGUUCCACCUGGCCUUUGGCUUGGAAUCAACUUGAUCCCCUCCCCCUCUUUCCUUUUUCCUUUCUCCUUCUGUGAUGGAACUCCUAUUUGGGGACUUUUUUCUGGCCGACGUAGGACCAGUCUGGAUAGUUGGCCUUGGUGAAGACUUGACGUUUUCAUCCCCCCAAAAGUUUUUGAUUUGAGUUCCUACUGAAAUGAGGCUGCAUUUUAAUGUUGUAUUUUAAUCUUGUUUUUAAGCUGUAUUUCAAUCAAUUGUUUUUAUACUGGUGUUAGCCGCCCUGAGCCCAGUCUUGGCUGGGGAGGGUGGGGUAUAAAUAAAAUUUAAUAAUAAUAAUAAUAACAAUAAUAAUAAUAAUAAUAAUCAACCCAUACUUUGAUAAGUGAAGGGUUUUCUUUACUGUUUAUGCUGCCCUGAAUACCCAACUAAUAGGUUCCUCUGCAUUCCGUUUUGCUCCUGGGUGCCAUUCCCCAUGGUCCUCAGCAGCACAGAACAUCCUUCCUCUUUUCAGGAUUCUGAGCCCUUUUCCUUUUAAAAAGCAAAAUACAUAGCUUGGGAGGGCGUAAAAAUGGGAGCGAAAGGUCCUUAAGAUGUCUACCACUCAGGGAAGAGGGCACAUCGUAAUGUUGUUGUUGUUGUUUAGUCGUUUAGUCAUGUCCACCUCUUUGUGACCCCAUGGACCAGAGCACGCCAGGCACUCCUGUCUUCCACUGCCUCCCGCAGUUUGGUCAAACUCAUGUUCGUAGCUUCAAGAACACUGUCCAACCAUCUCGUCCUCUGUCGUCCCCUUCUCCUUGUGCCCUCCAUCUUUUGAAUUCUGGUGCUGGAGGAGACUCUUGAGAGUCCCAUGGACUGCAAGAAGAUCAAACCGAUCCAUUCUGAAGGAAAUCAGCCCUGAGUGCUCACUGGAAGGACAGAUCCUGAAGCUGAGGCUCCAAGACUUUGGCCACCUCAUGAGAAGAGAAGACUCCCUGGAAAAGACCCUGAUGUUAGGAAAGAUGGAGGGCACAAGGAGAAGGGGACAACAGAGGACGAGAUGGUGGGACAGUGUUCUCAAGGCUACCAGCACAUUGUAAUACGGCCCGUCAAUUUCCCCCCCAUAUUGGCAGUCACCAUGAUGCAACGGGGAGCUGAGUAGGAGCUUUUGGAGUGUAGAUCUCCCACCCAUUAAAAAUUCCUUACUGCAGUUGACUAUAAGUAUAAGGAUUCCCCUUCUCAAAUCCUAAUGAAAACAUUGACACACCAGGUUGCAUUAGCUUCAGUUUGCCUUCCAGAAGGAGAAACCACGAAUCUGCCCAUUUGGCGCAGCAUCACUUGGGAGCAGGACAAACCAUUUUUAUUCCGGGUCCUAUUAGUAAGUUAACAGUAGAGCUUUGAUGCCCCUGCUCUCACCCUCCCCAGCUGCCUCUCUGAACACACAAGAGUCCCGUGGGCUGCCAACAAGAGCUUGCCGUCUUGUCUGGAAGAGUCUGGCGAUGCUCUUCUUCCUGGGAACCGUUGAUGAGUUGAAAGUCAAUCCUUUAUUGGCAACACAGCUGCAAAGGCACCUUUGAAAAUAACCCCAGAGGAGGCGCAGCAGCAACAACAGCAGCAGCAAGGAAGGGCUUUUAAGUCCCGAUCCACACCUCUAAAACACAUCUGUUCGCUGUGGGAGCAAGCAUGCCAUCCAUAUAUCGGAGAUUACCAUCCUUUUUGCUAGCCAAGGAUUGCCUUGGCAAGAAGGUGGCUGGCAUCAGGAAGGGGAAAGCUGAGAUGCCAGUCCUGUUCAAAAGCCCCAGAGCUGAGUAACCAGCCCAGCCUGGUAACUAAAGGCCUACACAACAUGAUAAGCCAGCCUCAUCUAACACCAGACGAGGAAUAUAUAUAUAUAUGUGUGGGGGGGGGUAUCUGUGCCUGUAAUAAACCGAAGUUAUACUCUUUAGGAAAACCUCCCCAGUUAUUUCAAAUAAUAGCUUACUGCACUGUAAAAUGUAAGGCUAGUUGUGCUAUAGCAACCCUGAACACCUCCCUACCUGGGGAAAGAACCCCUUUCCUAGAAGGGCAGGGAUCUCUUGCUCAUAGCUCAAGGUUUCCCCUUGGCUCAUAUUUGGAAAAGCUAUAGGCAGGGAGCAGCUUCCCACAGCUUAAAAAAAGAUCCAGUCUGGACGGUCUGGCUAACAGCCUGCGACGUGCACCCAAUCCGAGGCACCAGAGACACUACAGAUGGGUUUGUAAAUAAUCGCAGCUGGCAUUGCAAAGGUCCCCAAGACCCACAUCGAAAAAUGGAACAAAUUUGCUUGGGAGGGAGAUCCUGUGCAGUUAUGGGCCUUGCGAGGGGAGACCGGAAAGACCGUUUCCUUGAAUGUGCAAAUCCCACGCCACUGUGAUCCAGCAUUUUUCUAGAUCACAAGAACGAAGCUAGAUCUUUACAGCAUAUGCAAGGGACAAAUAUAUAGCCAUUUCCAGUCCCCACCCCCUUCUGCCUCCUUAACGGAUUAGAAUUAUUUGUUGUUAAUAUUCCUAGAAUAAGGCCUGGUUGACUUUCACUAAGCUUCAAAGCUGGUGGUGGCAGCAGUAGCUGAAGACGGUUAGGACACCCACACAAAAUAAGCUACUUCAUCCAAAUCGACAGGAUAAUCCGUCACCAAGGUGGGUGUCUUUUCAAAGAGCUCCCCUUUGUAGCUGCGCCAUUUGCCAGCUGGGAUGUAAAUGUCUCUCUCUUGCUUGCCCAUCUCCAAGACGGGAGCCACCAUCAGGGUGUCCCCAAUCAGGAACUGGGAAUCGAUCUUGUGUGCAGCCUCAUCGUGGGGAGAAAUCCACCAGAUGGGCCGGAUGAUGGGGUCCCCAGUGUCGGUGAUCUCCCCGGCCAGCUCCAGCAAGAGGGGGGCAACCAAAGACUCAUGGAGCCUGGUGAACUUCAGGGCGAUGUCUAUGACCUCUCUGUCGUAGAGCCACGGUGGGAUGGAGAACUGCAUGGAAGGCAUGAAGGCUGACAGCUCCAGCCAUCGGAUGUAGAGCUCUUGGUCUGGGAUUUCCACCGCCCCAUCCGUCUUGUUGGGAAAGAAGUUCCCGCCAAUCAUGUCGGCCGAUAUGAAAGGGUAUCCCAGCAUACUGAUGGUCAAGACAGUCGGUAUCAACGACUUCAGCCCAAGCUCAUAACCCCAGACAGAAUCCCUGUCAAUGAUGCGGAAGAAGCAGGAGAUGUUCUGAGACUGGUAGCCAACCCUGACUUCCGCUAGCUCGUAAAAUGGGAUGGCCAUUUCCGUGUAGCGCCUGGACCAAAUGCUGGGGUCCGACAAGGGGCGGAAGGUGCUGAACUGUUUGGGAAGGUAGCUGGUCUCUCCGGCAUCAAACUUGAAAGAAGAGAUGCCGUACUUACUCCGGAGUUGCCUCAGGUGGCUCUGGAACCAAUCCCUGGCCGCAGGGUUGGUGAAAUCCAAUAUGGCGCCAAUUCCAUUCCACCACUCGACCAUAGCAGGAAGCCUCCCUGUCGGCUCCUUGAUGAAAAGCUGUCUCUCUAUUCCUACCCCAAAGUUGGAGGAAUUGUAGUUUAUGAAUGGGUGUGUCCAGAGAGUGACCUGAAACCCGUCUUCUUUGAGUUUCUUGAACGUCUCCGUCACGUUCGGGAACUUGACCGGGUCGAAGUCGAAGUCCCCGUACGCUUGCGUGUAGGUGUCGUCUAUCUCGAUGUGGCUCCAGUUGAACUUGUACUUUUUGAUCUUCUCAGCAAAGCGCAGCAGCUUGUCCUGGUCGAUGUCAUUUUUGUACAAGGCCCAGGUCGACCAGAUCGGGUACUUGAAGGCGUUUUCCGAGGGAAUCUUCGAAGGCUUGUAGAAAUACUUCCUCACCAUGUACUUGUGGAUGGAGGUCACGUCGGAGCCGAUACAGACACGGUAGCUCAGCUCUGGGAACGGCGGCUGCCCCAGCGGAGGCUUGUAGGGGGAAUCUUUGUACCUGGCCUGGAAGACGAGGGACCUUUCGGAGGCGUUGAACCCGAGGUGGAAGGGCACGGAGUCGUUGAUCUUGAUGGCGGCUGCUUUGGAGGACAGCCAGUACCUCUCUAGGAUGCCCCCAAAGCUGUUCCUGAAAGAGUACACGUCGCUGGUCACGAACGGCAUGGGCUCCUGGUACCCGGGCAGCUUAAUGGGCCAGUGCUGCACGCUCAUCUCGCAGCCCCCAUACCAGUGGGCGUCCCCCCAGAACAUCUUGUGCUCCACCACGGUGUCCGCCACAAACUCCUCCCAGCGGACCCGGUAGCACAUCACCGUGUCUUUUGGGGUGACAAUCUUAAUGAAGAAGUUGAGCUUCCCUUUGUCAGUCCUGGUGCAGGUUAGAUUCGCACCCUCCCUGGAGCAAGACUCCAAGUCAAGAAUGCCCGACUGGAAGGCCAACCUGAAGACGAUCUCCCCAUCCUGGUUUUUGAUGGUGAAGCCGUCCUGAUGGAGGUCCAUCUGCUCCGUCUUCAGCCUCUCCGCCUUCCGAAGGGAUGACACGUAGUAGCACCAGGCCACCACGGCUGCGAUGAGCAGGAUGAGGCCGAGCACAAUGGCCACUAUCAUGGGUUUCAACUCCUUGACCGGCUUCUGCUUCACGGGGGUGAAGUUCUCCGGCAGAAACGAGUACAUGGCUGUGUCUUAUCUGGAGGAGCUCUUUCCAAAACAGAGAUCUUGUCACCUUAUCUGCAAAUAUCUAUCUUGUAGCAAAGGGCUCUCUGCCCUCCACUCCUUAUGACCGGGUCUCUCUCAUUGAAAUAAGGGCAUUUGUCUUCAUUAGAAUACACACCAUUUUCUUUCCGGUCCAAUUCAAUGCCAGAAUGCAGUUAUCUGGAAGGCAAGAAGGGAGAAAAGAGGGAGAAUGAGGAAAGGAGGCCAGGAAAACGAUGGAGCGAAAACAGGGACCCCCAACCUUUAAGGACAUAUUUCAGAAUCGAAGAACAAAAUACAAAUAUCACUGAAUUAAAACAUGUUCAGAAUCUCCCCCCACUCCCCACAACAGGCAAAUCACAUAUAUAAAAAAACAGAAAAACAGGCAAUUCCCGAAACAACCCACCUCAAAAGUAAAAACAAAAAACACCCCUCAAUUUACAACUAAAUAAAAACUAAAAACUGGGAGGGGCCAGGAGCCUUGGUAGGUGCCAAGACCAUGGUGCCCACGAGUGCCAUGUUGGGGACCCCAGGCUUAAGAAGAAGAAGAAGAAGAAGAGUUUGGAUUUGAUAUCCCGCCUUUCACUCCCUUUAAGGAGUCUCAAAGCGGCUAACAUUCUCCUUUCCCUUCCUCCCCCACAACAAACACUCUGUGAGGUGAGUGGGGCUGAGAGACUUCAGAGAAGUGUGACUGGCCCAAGGUCACCCAGCAGCUGCAGGUGGAGGAGCAGGGAAGCAAACCCGGUUCCCCAGAUUACGAGUCCACCGCUCUUAACCACUACACCACACUGGCUUAUAAACCUUAAAAGGUUUAUAUGUCCUUUACUUUAGUGUAUCCGCUGGUGGCCUAUUAAGUUGGCCUGGCUGUCUAACCACUGGGCUUUAUGAAUGCAAGGCCUCAUAACCCAGUGGCUGCUUUUGCCAGCUGAAAAUAGCUGGUGGUGCUUGGCGUGGGGGGGUCACAACAGCAAGGGAGCCAAAGGCACAGAUUUGCUUCCAUGUGGCUGGAAUGCUAUAACCCCCCCCCCCCUGAACACACACACACACACACACACACACACACACCUGUAGUGGCAACUGUCCUGUUGCCUUUAUGCCUGAAUUUGGCACAACACAUUGCCUUUCACGUAGGUACUGCAAAUCCUAGAAUGCCCUCCCCACCAUAUUUGCAUUAGAGGACAAAUGCAAAAUUGGGAAGUCUCCUGUUUGCCUGUACGAAUGAGAACUGCUCCCUUGACUUUAGGAGACAGAUUUGUUCCCGUCUCCAAUAACAGGGAUCCCGUAGUCCCUGGCCUUUAAAUCCAUUACAGGCCGUUCUGCCCAAGGUUGCUUAAAUGCACACACGCACAGCAUUUAAAUGUGGGGCCCUCCAGGAACGCCGCCCCCUUUACUGUGCAUUGCUGGUGAUUUGUGGUCAGGAUGGUGUGUGGGUGGUUACACACAAACCCACUUUCAAUACUGUUUGCUACAGGGAUACAUUCAGUAGGUGGGAAUUAGAGGGCAUCAGACUUCGGCUAAGCUCUAGGUAGAAGCUUGCCAAUGGCAGCAAUGGAGCAGAGCUUUCUCAGGUAAAGAGGGCAGAGAUAUUGAAGCAGGGGUCGGAUUGCACUGAGUGGGGGCUUGAACCUGGUGACUUCAGAGGUCUCUCCCUGCUCAGUGAAGUAAAAGGAGGUGGCCUUCAGACAUCUGCUGCAACGAAGGCAGCUGCUGUGUUGUUUGUUCGCUCAGAGCCAAACCGCUGUUCUCAGCACCUCCAUGAAGCCAUGCUAAUUAACAUCUUACCAAGGGUGACGCUAAAUAGGGAUCACAAACCUGCAAAAUCAGGUUUCAUCUUUUGCUGGAAGAGGAACGCGUAACCCCGAGGGAGGUUUCAGGUUGCGGCUGGCAUGGGGAGCGCCUCUCCCACUCCCGAUGUUGUCAUCGUAUCCAAAUGCCGCUGGUCAGAGAAGCAAGUUAUUUUUUGCUAACAGACCCUGGGGCCUCUCUAGGGAAUAUUCCUAAGGGGCAGCCAUCCUCCUGCCUGCCUCCCCACACUUGCUGCUGCUGCUGCUGCUUGGAAUAGUAAAGGUUAAGGGACCCCUGACCAUUAGGUCCAGUCGUGGCCGACUCUGGGGUUGCGGCACUCAUCUCGCUUUCAGGCCGAGAGAGCCGGCGUACAGCUUCCGGGUCAUGUGGCCAGCAUGACUAAGCCGCUUCUGGCGAACCGGAGCAGCGCACAGAAACGGAAACCUUCCCGCUGGAGUGGUACCUAUUUAUCUACUUGCACUUUGACAUGCUUUUGAACUGCUAGGUUGGCAGGAGCAGGGACCGAGCAACUGGAGCUCAACCUGUCACAGGAAUUCGAACCACCGACCUUCUGAUCUGCAAGUCCUAGACUCUGUGGUUUAACCCUUGGAACAGUAUCAGCUGCCAAAAGAUGGGCCUGCUAAUCCCAGUUUCUGAGAUGGCAUAUCCAGCCACAGCACAUGGCUGUUUUUCGCUCGCUUUGGCCAAAUGCAGAUGGCACGGGUCUAGGAAAGGGUCUGCAAUUCUGGCUCCAACGCAACAUUUCUAGGCAGCAGGUGACUCACGAAGCAGGUCACUUGACUGGAUACCUGAGUCAAAAUGUAAGCCCCAUCUACACUAAACAUUUAAAGCAGUAUCAUCAUCAUCAUCAUCAUCAUUUUAUUAUUUAUACCCCACCCAUCUGGCUGGGUUUCCCCAGCCUCUUUGGGUGGCACCCAAUAGAACACUAAAAACAGAAUAAAACUUCAAACAUUAAAAACUUCCCUAAACAGGGCUGCCUUCAGAUGUCUUAUAAAAGUCAGAUAGUUGUUUAUUUCCUUGACAUCUGACGGGAGGGCAUUUCACAGGGCGGGCGCCACUACUAAGAAAGCCCUCUGCCUGGUUCCCUGUAACCUUACUUCUCGCAGGGAGGGAACCGCCAGAAGACCCUUGGAGCUGGAUCUCAGUGCCCGGGCAGAAUGAUGGAGGUGGAGACGCUCCUUCAGGUAUACUGGACUGAGGCCGUUUAGAGCUUUAAAGGUCAACACCAACACUUUGAAUUGUGCUUGGAAACAUCCUGGGAGCCAAUGUAGGUCUUUCAAGACCAGUGUUAUGUGAUCCCGGCGGCUGCUCCCAGUCCCCAGUCUAGCUGCCGCAUUCUGGAUUAGUUGUAGUUUCUGAAUCACCUUCAAAGGUAGCCCCACGUGGAGCACAUUGCAGUAGUCCAAGCGGAAGAUAACUAGAGCAUGCACAACUUUAAACACUUGUGGCUUCCCCAAAGAACUCAGGGAACUGUGGUUUGUUAAGCAGGCUGAGAUUUGUUUGGAGACCCGCGUUCCCUGAACAGAGGUACAAUUCCCCAGAGGGAUGGGUUAAUAGUCUGUUCCUCUCCCCAGGGAAUUCUGGGAACUGUCCAGCAAAGUCACCAGUUAGCUGAAGCAGGGAGAGCAAUCAUAAAUUUGGGAAAAUGCAGGCUGGACCCGAAGAUGAUUUGAUGAACGGCAGCCAUACAAAAAAGUUCAGAAAAGUCGCUGCCCCAUCAAGCUCACCCAGCAGCACAGACUAAAUAAAUCUUUUCAUCCCUUUAACUCCUAGCUUUUCAGUUGUUUUCAAUAAUGGGAUUAUGGCGGCAUUAGAAGAGAUUAGCCACAGCAAGCGACAGAUUUAACCAAAGGAAGCGUUCAGCUGCCAAGUCCCCGCACUAAGGGCGGGUUGAAGGCAGGAGGUCACUUUGCAACCCAUUAAGGGCACUACCCAAUUAAAGGCUUCAAUUAAUUAUGUGAGAGUUUUCUCUCGGUUAAAUAUGCAUAAAUUGGCAUAGGGCUAUCUGGAGAAGCACUGGGCUGCAUCCAGAGAACAUGAUGCUUCCGUAGUGGGAUUUACUAUUCUUACACGUUGGGACGCAGGUGGCGCUGUGGGUUAAACUGCAGAGCCUAGGGCUUGCCGAUCAGAAGGUCGGCGGUUCGAAUCCCCGCGACGGGGUGAGCUCCCGUUGCUCGGUCCCAGCUCCUGCAAACCUAGCAGUUUGAAAUCACAUCAAAGUGCAAGUAGAUCAACAGGUACCUCUCCGGCGGGAAGGUAAACGGCGUUUCCGUGCGCUGCUCUGGUUCGCCAGAAGUGGCUUAGUCAUGCUGGCCACAUGACCCGGAAGCUGUACACCGGCUCCCUCGGCCAGUAAAGCAAGAUGAGCGCUGCAACCCCAGAGUCGGCCACGACUGGACCUAAUGGUCAGGGGUCCCUUUACCUUUACACAUUGUUCCAGCACAGGGUGUGAGUCUGGAAAGGCACCUUUGCAUUCCACAAAACCACCCUGAUGCUGCAGCUGGCCAGUGGUCCAUUGAGUCCUCAUCCUGUUCUCACAGUGGCCAUCCAGACGCUGAAAGCAGAUCCUACGAACAGGAUCUGGGCCCAUCAGCACUUUCCCCUCCUGAGGUCUCCAGCCACUGGAAUUCAGAAGCACACAUCCCAAAACAGAGUUGUAACUCUUACUCGAAAGGCUGAAAAGCUCAGCAGAUUAUCAUUCCAAGUCAAGAUUCCAGGGUACAUGAGGCAGGCAAGAGUUUCAUGAUCAAACGGAAGCUAUAGAGAUGUUCUGACGGUUGACACAUCCCCUCCUAUGAAGCUUUUAAAGACAGGGCAGAGUGAGCUCAUUUGUGGGACUUUCUCACCCUUUGGGUUUGCUCACUCCAUCUGGGUGGGCUCAUUUAAUCCCUGUGGGAUAUCCAGCCUCAUAUAACCAGCAUGCUUAAAUCUAAUAAAUGCAUGAAGAGUAGAGGAAGCUGUCCUGCCAGGCUUAGCCAGGUCACUCCCCUUCACCUUGGCAGGAAGGGUUAAUAAUAAUAAUAAUAAUAAUAAUAAUCUAUGUCUUAUACACUGUCAAUCUGACUUGAUUGCCCCAGUCUUUGAUCCUCCCAUUCCACCAUGUGGACCCCUACAUCUUUGUGUUUCUAUACAAAUAAUUUUGAAACAUUUACCACUUUUGGAAGCUACAUUUCACCGCCUGUGUUUUUCUUGCUGCUGUAUGGGAAAGCGCAUGAAUUUGAUCUUUGAAGGGUCUGUAAGUAAACCAUUUUUAACGUACCAAAUGUGCGGUUUCUGCCUAUGCUAAGGGAAACGGGGAACUUUGGAAGCCGUUUAGAAGGGGCUAUUUUAAAGGUCUGACAGGCAAUAUUUCCAAGCUUUACUUUGCUGCAUAUUUUGUGAGCUUAAGUAUCUGCUGGGGCUCUCUCACCAAAGAGUACUACUACUACUACUACUACUACUAAUUUAUUAUUUAUACCCCGUCCAUCUGGCUGGGUCUCCCCAGCCACCCUGGGCGGCUUCCAACAAAGUAUUAAAAUACAGUGGUCUGUUAAACAUUAAAAGCUUCUCUAAACAGGGCUGCCUUCAGAUGUCUUCUAAAAGUGUGGUAGUUGUUUAUCUCUUUGACAACUGAUGGGAGGGCGUUCCACAGGGCGGGUGCCACCACCGAGAAGGCCCUGCCUGGUUCCCUGUAACUUGGCUUCUUGCAAUGAGGGAACCGCCAGAAGGCCCUCGGCGCUGGACCUCAGUGUCCGGGCAGAACGAUGGGGGUGGAGACGCUACUUCAGGUAUACUGGACCAAGGCUGGACUUGCUUCAAACCUGAAUCUAGCAUCCAGGGAAUUCUCCUUUUCUAUAGUCAAGUAUUUUUCUUUUCACCAAAUUACAGCAAAAUAUCAACAAUCCUAUCCACAAAGCUUGACAAGGAGUCCUUUGGCAAUGAGACUGUGUCCUGCCCCUCUGCCUCCAGCUCCAAUGACCCUCCUCCUGUUCAGCCUCACCUUCUGGCUGGUCCACAUCCUUCCCCUCUCCCCGAUGAGGCCAGCAGGCUUCCUUCCUCCUCUCUGACACCUAGAGACAGAAGGGAAGGCCUUCUUCCCCCCAUCCCUGCUGGCUCCUUCAUCUGUUCCUUCUGCUUCCUCCUCUAGAGUCUGGGGGUGCCAACUCACGCCAGUUUCUGCAGGAGCCAAAAGGCCCACGUCACAUGCUGCCUUCGACAGUGGAGGCAGAACAGAGGCAUCGUGGUUAGUGGCCACUGAUAGACUUCUCCUUUCCCAUCCAUCGUAUACUGUCUGGUGUGUGUGGUUUGGGAGCUGCACGGUCAGGGAAAAAACAAUGCUGCCCAGGGUUGUAAAGACUGCGGAGAGAAUAACUGGGUGCACUCUUCCCACCUUGGAUCAAAUCUACACUUCCAGGUGCCAUAAGAAAGCUGCAGAGAUAGCGCAGGAUAGUGCGCACCCCGGAAAAUGAUCUCUUUCAGCUUCUGCCUUCUGGAAGAAGGUACAGGGUUAUAAAGAGUAGGACCAGCCACCUGGGAAACAGUUUCUAUCCAAAUGCGAUUUUGGUUUUAAACGCAGUGUAAGGUAGCGGGUGGCGCUGUGGGUUAAACCACAGAGCCUAGGACUUGCCGAACAGAAGGUCGGCGGUUCGAAUCCCCGCGACGGGCUGAGCUCCUGUUGCUCGGUCCCUGCUCCUGCCAACCUAGCAGUUCAAAAGCACAUCAAAGUGCAAGUAGAUAAAUAGGUACUGCUCCGGCGGGAAGGUAAACGGCAUUUCCGUGCACUGCUCUGGUUCGCCAGAAGCAGCUUAGUCAUGCUGGCCACAUGACCCGGAAGCUGUACGCCGGCCCUCAGCCAAUAAAGCGAGAUGAGUGCCGCAACCCCAGAGUCGGCCACGACUGGACCUAAUGGUCAGGGGUCCCUUUAUCUUUAUGGUAGUCUCUAUGGGAGUAUAUUGUAUUUAAUUAUGGGGUAUCAGAGUUUUUAGGGGGCUCACCAGGCUGGGAUAGCUGGGAUAACAGGCUUGUUAGUUUUUGAAUGUCUGAUGUAGAUUUUUUCAAUUUCGUUGUUCUGUAUGGGACAAUGACAAUAAAGAUUAUCGUAUCAUAUCGCAUACUGGCCCAUCAGCUGAACAACACAGAAUUGCGGAGUUGGAAAAGACCCCCGAUGGUUAUUUAUUCCAAACCCUGCAAAACACUGGAUACGACCCAAUUUUUUCCCAAAGCCAGCUGCCUGGUUAAUAGGGAGCACCACUUUAAAUGGACAAAAGAUGCCACGGCUCCAGGGAUGAAGAACCUUUAGAUGUUGUUGGCCACCCUGUUCAGAUCAGUCCCGGCCAGCAUGUCCAAUGGUCAGAGAGGAUGAGACUUGGUAGUCCAACGAGAUCAGGGAGAGCCACAGAUUCACACCCUCCCCCCCCCCCGAUUAAAUGGAUGGAUCAUCUAAUAUAGCAUCCUCUUACUCAUCGUCCUUGUCCCCCUCCACUCCUGUGCAUCAUUUCUCUUCUUCAGGAAUGAUAGAUGCUUGAAAACAAAUAUGACAGCGAUGCCCGGUGGGUUAUUAAUAUAUUUACGCCUCCACUGACAAAGUCUCUCACAGGCAGCUUCUUUUCAAGUCCAUAAAAAAAAUUGCAGAUUCCCCCCCCCCUUUUCUAUGGCAGUGGAUCCUGGGAGAAAAACAAGAUUACUAAAAAUAUCAUUUCCCUCCCGUUGCAGCCGAGCUUUUCCUGUUUCAUCUAGAAAUCGAAGUCAAGUUAAGCAAAAGAGGAAGGCUGAUUUUCUAGGGGGUGACACAAAAGCGUCAGUGCUGGGUUCUUGCAACCAGGGCAGGGAAGUCAAAACGUUUGGUUUUCAUCCCAUUGUAAGCUGUUCAAAAGGAGACGAGCUAUGGAAGGUCUGAGCAGAUGUAGGACAGGAUUGAAGGUUAGAGAAAGGACACCAAACUUACCAUAUUUUUUGCUCUAUAGGAUGCACCCGACCAUAGGAUACAACUUGUUUUAGAGGGGGAGAACAAGAACCCCCCCCCCCUGCUCAGCGCCCCUUCAGCGAAGCGGCAGGAGAAACGGAGUCCCUUCCAAUUCUCCUUCCGCUUCGCUGAAGGUGCUCGCUGAAAGGGAAAACUGUGCAGCGCCUCUCCAGCGAAGCGAAGCCUGGAGAGCAAGAGGGAUUGGUGUGCACCGACCCCUCUCGCUCUCCAGGCUUCAGGCGGCUAUCUGCAAGCCUUCGGAGUGCAGCGGGAAGUCCCGCUGCGCUCCGGGGGCUUGCAGAUGCUGCCUGAAGCCCCUGGAGCGCAGCGGGAGUUCCCCCUGCGCUCUGGGGGCUUCAGGCGGCUUCAGCAAAAGCAACCCAAAGCCUUCGGAGCGCAGCGCGAGGUCCCGCUACACUCCAAAGGCUUCAGGCGGCUAUCCCUGAAGACUGGAGAGCGAGAGGGGUUGGUGCGCACCGACCCCUCUCGCUCUCCAGGCUUCAGCGAAAGCAACGCGAAGCCUCCGGAGCACGGAGAGAGUGCUCCCUCUGCGCUUCAGAGGCUUUGCGUUACUAUCGCUGAAGCCAAGGAGCCUGCAUUCGCUUCAUAGAACGCACACACAUUUCCCCUUAAUUUUUGGAGGGGGAAAAGUGCGUCCUAUAGAGCGAAAAAUACAGUAAAUCCAGCCCACUCUGCUCAAAGCCAAAGUAUAGGGUCUCCCCAGCAAGGAAGACCAGGCUUCCAUCGCCAGGCUGGAUUAUUCCUGUGGGCUUUUCAGAACUUUGUGUCUCUCUGGAUUUGCCAAAUAUUGUUUUUAGUUUCUGGCCUCAUUUAAUACGGGUGCUUUACAGCGCCUGCUUGCUUCUACUGAAUUUCUUGGGUGUAUUUUUGUUUUUAUCAAAGGCAGAAAUGUAUUGCAAUAAUUAAUAACCAUAAGCAACAGCAAUGAUGAUGCUGGCAAGAGAAUCGUCAGGCUGCAAGAAUAGGGUUCCUAGCAAACUCACGGCCUGGGUAAGACUUCAGAUAUCGGAAGCGCUUCCCCAUCAAAGAGGGAGCAAGCUUGUUUUCUGCCGCCCCAGAGGGCAGGACCCAAACCAAUAGAUUCAAAUUACGAGAAAGGAGAUUCUGACUAAACAUUAGGAAGAACACUCUGAUGCUAAGAGCUGUUUAGAAGUGGAAUGGACUCCCUUGGAAAGUGAUGGACUCUCCUUCCUUGGAGGUUUUUAAACAGAGCGAUUCCUUUGUGUCCCUUCCAACUCUACAGUUCUGUGAUUUAAUGAAGAUUUGAAUCCAGGACUUCUUCCCUGACAUUCAAGCUACCACAUUACUUUAACCCCACCCCCCAGAGAAAUGAGCUGUUAUUCUGACCUCUGGACUCAGUUAGAUUGCUAAUGAAAAAGCAAUUUAUAUGCGUUGUAUAUGCGAUAUAACAUUGUGCCACCAGAUGGCGCUGUGGCAUCCUGUUUUUCUCUACCUGUUUUCCCUGUUUAAAUUUCCCACGCAUUUAUCUGAAAUGCUUCUUUGAUAUGUCUAGACCCAGCCUCUGGCUCGCUCUUCUCUCUCCACAUUCUGCUCUGUUCGCAUUGCUCAGAAAUUAACUCCUCAAGUACUGUAUGUUUGCAACAGUACAUCAAGUCAGACAAGGAAGGCUGCAAAGGAGGCGGCAAGAGGAUAUUCCAGAAUUUGUUUCGGGUGCAGACAGGUUUCUGGUCUGCCUCAUCCCAGUCCUCAGGCCUCCAGCUACAAAGUUCCUUGCACUGCCUUUGCCCUGUGCCAGCAACGCAACCGCCUCUGCCAGAAGCUCAUGUGUUUCGUAACAAGAGCAACAAAGAAUCUUGUGAUUAGGAGAGCGAGCUGGAAGAAUCCAAGAGGGACUUCCAACAGGCUGUAGCAUCAGAAGCUUGCUGAGUUGGGCUGCAGGCUAGAAUGCACUUAGGAGCAACUGAGUUUCCCGUAUCCAAGGGCGAGAGACACAGUUUGACAUGAGCCCUUGCCAGGGCUUUCCAUACUAGUUUGCCACAAUAAAUGAGCUGUCAUCAGAAUCAGGCAGCUGCAGACAGACUGCGUUCUCUUGGCUGCAUGAGAUUCAGAAAAUCCUCAACUCCAUUUGCUGUCCAUCUUCCCCAGUGAUAAUGCUGAUCUUAUAAUUUAUUUGUUUGCCGCCUUAUAAUUGAUUUGCUCAACUAACUGUUGCCCAGGGAUGGAGGACUAACUUGCCCUUUCCUCUUCAUAAUACCUGGUUCGAAGAAGGUCCUAUUUAUUGCAAUAUCCGAAAAACCCAUUAUUUACGAGUUUCCAAGUGCAAAGACAAACCUAUGUAGCUACACGGUGGUCGUUCCAGAUAUAUAUCAAAAGACACGGUUGUCAGGUUCUUGCAAAGUAUGGUUUUGCCUGGAUUUGGUCGUAUUCCAGGACUUAUUAUCGACUGCUCCAUUGUGCUUCUGUGCAAUCCCGAUCUUACUAUUCGUGGCAUUGUUUUCAACCCCUCUGCUCUCCAUCGUUUUCGUAAGUUGCGGCACAAAUGAUGUCAAACAGUCAAGCCCCUGUUCGUUUCUACAUCUCUCAAACAUUUGUAUUCUUCUAUAUGUAAUAAAUUUUAUAUCUAUAUCUAUACAGUGGUACCUCGGGUUAAGAACUUAAUUCGUUCUGGAGGUCUGUUCUUAACCUGAAACUGUUCUUAACCUGAAGCACCACUUUAGAUAAUGGGGCCUCCCGCUGCCACCGGAGCACAAUUUCUGUUCUCAUCCUGAAGCAAAAUUCUUCAUCCGAGGUAAUAUUUCUGGGUUAGCAGAGUCUGUAACCUGAAGCGUCUGUAACCUGAAGUGUAUGUAACCUGAGGUUCCUUUCCAGAACUGAAAUUAUACAGUCAUACCUCGGGUUACAGAUGCUUCGGGUUGUGUGAUUUCGGGUUGUGCACCAUGCCGAACCUGGAAGUACUGGAACAGUUACUUCUGGGUUUCCGUGCAUGUGCAGAAGCGCUAAACCGCACUUUGCGCAUGCACAGAAGUUCCGCAGGGCUUGCAAGACAGAGCUGUUCCACCAAGCCUUUGGCUAGGGCACAGCCUGACUCCCUCCUUUGGCAAUCUUCACAGAACUCUAGCCCAAUGGUUGCCAUUAAUUUGAUUUGAAUUAAUUUUAUAAUGAAAUGAUUUUAGAAUUUUGUAUUAUUUUAUUGUUGUUAGCUGCCCUGAGCCCGGCUUCGGCUGGGGAGGGCGGGAUAUAAAUAAAAUUAUUAUUAUUAUUAUUAUUAUUAUUAUUAUUAUUAUUAUUUUGCAGUUUUAAUAACAAAGCAUUUAUUUUCUAUUGCACAGCAAUUGUUGCCUGCUCAAAUCUGGUUAUCCGGGAAGGGGCCUUUGAUUGGCUCUCCUUCUUGGUAGCUAAUUAUAUGCUGUUUGGGGAAGCCGAGGCCCCAUCCUGACCCCACUUGCAUGUGCAGAGAGAGAGAGAGAGAUCAUCGCUCCUGCCUCCCAGCACGUCGAUUUCAGUUAAAACAGCUGCAGGCAAAUUUCUGCACCACGCUUGCCAGCUGGGUGAUGUUUUCUUUGUGAGUGUGAAAGAAACUGAGCUCUGAAGGGAAGACAACGGACAGGACGGGCUUUGCAAGCAAAUUCAGCCUAAGACAGAGACUGGUGCCCCAGUGGAGUCUGGCAUCGGCUGGCUUUGAAACUGCCAAGGAUUUUACUGUACAGAAGCCAUUUCAGAUUCCAGCAACGGGGAACAUGCAGGGUGUCUGAGAAGGGGCUGGCUAUUAAAAUGAUAUAUAAUGAAAGCUGGACUAUAAAGAAGGCUGAUCGCCGAAGAAUUGAUGCUUUUGAAUUCUGGUGCUGGAGGAGACUCUUGAGAGUCCCAUGGACUGCAAGAAGAUCAAACCUCUCCAUUCUGAAGGAAAUCAGCCCUGAGUGCUCACUGGAAGGACAGACACUGAAGCUGAGGCUCCAAGACUUUGGCCACCUCAUGAGAAGAGAAGACUCCCUGGAAAAGACCCUGAUGUUGGGAAAGAUGUAGGGCACAAGGAGAAGGGGAUGGCAGAGGAUGAGAUGGUUGGACAGUGUUCGUGAAGCUACCAGCAUGAGUUUGACCAAACUGCAGGAGGCAGUGGAAGACAGAAGUGCCUGGUGUGCUCUGGUCCAUGGGGUCACGAAGAGGCGGACACGACUAAACGACUAAACAACAACAACAACAUUAAAACGAAGCCUAUGGCAAGAAACAUGCUUGCCCCAAACUGGAAAUUGCAAGAAAUUCCUACUAUUGCGGAGCGCUAGACGAAAAUGAUGAGUUAUGCGGAGCUAGCACCAAACUGACGGGAAGAAUUCAGGAUCAGGACGAUCAGAGGUUUCAAGAAAGUUGGAGUAAAUUUAUGGUGUAUAUAAAGGAUGAUUGUAAAACUCUAAAAACACUGGCAGGAUUGAAAUAGCUCUUACAAUGUGCGACAGAUAUAAGGUUAAAAAGGAGAACACACAAUAUAAGAAAAUAAGAGAUACCCGCUGAAGGGAUGGAGGGAAGUCGCCAGCUUGGCAGAGCUAAAAGUAUUUAUGUGAUUUAAUGUAUUGUAUUGUAAAAGUAUGUAUAAGGAAAAUAAUUAAAAAAUUAUUUAUAAAUAAAUAAAUAAAACGAAGCCUUUGGUGAAUGGCUGCAACCACAGAUCAAACACUUGUCAAUAUUCUGCAUGGUGGCCAGUUUAUACAACAAUUCUAAACACUAUUUUUUGCCCCUCUAUGGAAACCCUGGCUCCAUCUUUUGCAAACCCAGAAUAGGAAGAUGCCUUAUAUAACGUCCGACUGUUUGUUCAUCUGCCCCAGGUAAUUUUAUCCUUUGACUGGUAGUGACUUUCCAGGGUUUUUCUCAUUAGCAAAUAGUGACAAUCUAGAGUAAUCUAUCUGUCUGUCUGUUUGUCUCUAAAUUCAGGUAGGUAGCCGUGUUAGUCCGAUGCAGUAAAAAAUAUAUAAAAAAUAAUUAAAAAAAAAUUGUCCAGUAGCACCUUAUAGACCAACUAAGUUUGUCUGUCUGUCUGUCUGUCUGUCUGUCAUCUCUGCCUUCGGCAGAGGGCAAUAGCCAGGGCUGGGUGAUAUCUGGUUUUUCAACACUGUGAUAUAGCACCAGCUAAACAUCACAAUAUCCUGAUAAAUCACAAUGUCUGAAAUAAGGAUGGAACUAUGCAGAGGAACUGGCUGGCUUCACAGUUUUCCCCAUGUUGUGAUUUUUGCAUAGCACACAUAUACGAUUUGUGAUAUAUUUCCAGGUCAAAAGCUACAAAACCGAUAUACGAUAUGGACUUAAAACCAGUUUUGGACGAUAUAUCAAUAUAUAUCGUUCCGCCUGGACACUGAGGUCCAGCGCUGAGGGCCUUCUGGAGGUUCCCUCAUUGCGAGAAGCAGAGCUACAGGGAUCCGGGCAGAGGGCCUUCUUGGUAGUGGCGCCCGCCCUGUGAAACACCCUACCACCAGAUGUCAAAGAGAUAAACAACUACCUGACAUUCAGAAGACAUCUGAAGGCAGCCCUGUUCAGGGAAGUUUUUAAUGUGUGACAUUUUAGUGUAUUUUUGGUCUUUGUUGGAAGCCGCCCAGAGUGGCUGGGAAAACCCAGCCAGAUGGGCGGGGUACAAAUAAAUUAUUAUUAAUUAUUAAUUAUUAUUAUUAUUAUUAUUAUUAUUAUUAUUAUUAUCACCCAGCCUUAGUAAUGGCCUGGUGGCUGCCUCGGCCAUGUUCCCAUAUCUGCCUCACUUUGCCUAACAGGAUAGCUGGCCCUGCAGAACAGCUUGAAACUGGCG